GUAAUAGCACCUAGCUAAAAUUGAACAGUCAUGAUUUCAGUAACUGAUGAAGGAAUAUGCAGUAGUGAAGUUUUGAUAGUAAAUACUCUGCAGCCAGUAUGUUGAAAUCGACAUAUUUACAGGAAGUGAAGUGCAACUAUGGGAAUAUGUUGAAGGUGCCAGUUCUCAUUGGCUUUUACUAGACAGACAGGAAGCUUUAUUUUCCCCUUUUGCACAUCCUUAAAAGAAAGAGGAAGUUUUCAGUGUGUGUUCACAUGCUGCAUCUACAGAGCUCAGCUUGCAGUGUGAGGAGAGGACCUCCGAGAACCCGAUGGACGUCUACCAGGAGGCUGUGUGUUAUCUGGAGUCGCAGCACGUACCAGUACUACAUGCUAUGUAUUGUGUGUGUUGGGGUGUAGUUGAAGCAGAGACUGGAGUCCUGGAGGAGGAUGUGUUCCAGGAGGAGGCAGUGUCCUGUUUGCUCUCUCCUCUCCUCCCUAAGAGCUUAGACUUCCCCGACACCCCCACGUUAAGCAGCCCUGAGGAAAUGCUGGAGAGGAGGCUGGUGGUCCUGAAAGGCAUCCUGGAGAGUGAGGAGGUUUAUCUCAGAGAGCUGGAGGCCCUGCUGAUGCCCAUGAAGGCUCUGCGCGCCUCAGCCGGGACCUCCCAGCCAGUUCUGUCCAGUCGACAGGUCCAGACUGUUUUCUACCAGGUGCCUGAGCUCAGAGACAUGCACCAAAGCUUCUUCUCUGGCCUGAAGGCCCGGCUGAGUGCACACUGCCAGACUGAGCCCGGUCCUGGUGUGGAAGGAGAGAUGAGCUACACAGGCUUUGAGCUGAUGGUGGGGGACCUGUUUCUGAAAAUGGUGAACCAGAUUGGUCUGUACGGUGGUUUCAUCGAAAACUAUGAGGAAGCUGUCGAAGUUGUUCGCAAGUGCACACACUCGGACCCUCGCUUCCGAACCCUGGCCCAGAGCAUGAUGUCUAAUAACAGCUCAGACAAAACUCGGACCAAAUACACAUUUGAAGCUCUACUAUACAAGCCUUUGGACAGAGUAACCAAGACCACACUGGUGCUGCGUGAUCUCCUGAACACGACACCAAUGGAACAUGGAGAUUACACACUCUUACAGGAAGCUCUGCGAUUGUCCCGCAGCUUCCUGUCUGGUGUCAACGAAAGUUCACAGUGCAAACGAGAGGUCACCCUCAGUCACGGCAUGAGGCGUCAGCUGAUGCGUGACGGCUUUGUGGUGGAUGCGAGCGAGGGGGAACGCAGCCUGCGUCAUCUCUUCCUUUACACAGACCUCCUGCUGUGCACCAGAUUCAAACAGGCAACCAGAGGGAAGCAGGACCAGUACAGAUUCUGCUGGUAUCUGCCUCUUGCUGGUCUCAAACUUCGCUGGGUUGCAGACCAAGAACGUUCACUAGACGCUAACCUUCGCUUACACACCAUAAGAACCAAGAUGCACCUCCUCCGUCAACAGCUACAGCAAAACGCAAAGGGGUCCAAGGGCUUGGCUUUGGCAGCUCGUAGCAGGAAGAAACUGGAGCAAAUGGAGCUGAUGCUGCUCACACACUCCCCUGUUUACACACUGGAGCUGCACAGUCCCAGUUGCAAGAGUCACACUCUCCUCCUCUCCUCACUGUAUGAGCUUGAAGAAUGGAGAGAAGCCAUUCACAAACUCACCACAGACAACAUAGAAACUGUCCCUCCAGACCUGCUCACCCUCACCAGUGCAUGUGUGAAACUGAGAAUGACCCAGCAGCCACCACUUCACAGCACAAACGCUGUAGAGAACGAGGAGUCUUUGUGUGGGACUCUGAGUGUGGCCAUCCACUCUGCCUGCGGCCUGCAGCAACCAGCCUGUGUGUAUGUGUGUGUGGAAGUGGACGGCUAUGAAUUUUACGAUAAACAAGCCCAGACACACUCAUCAGUCCACAGCCUUAACCCACAUUGGGACCAGGAGCUGUCGUUCCAGGUGGACGGGGCACAGCACCUAAGGGUGUUCUGCGUGAGUCAGUCAGAUGGACAGGAUGAUACUGUCCUGGGCAAAGCUUCUGUAAAGUUGGAAUCUAAAACCUUGAAUAAGCGAUGGAGGAGACAGACUCUACACCUCAGCCAGGUGGAGGUGACUCUCUCCCUGAAGUACUGUCCCCACCCACUUGAACCACCUAGCUCUACAGCUCAACAACAACCUGUCUUCGGUGUCCCCAUUGAAACUGUGGCACAACAGGAGGGAGUGCUGGUCCCACAUGUGGUGCGCUGCUGCGUGGAUGAGGUGGAGCGGAGAGGCAUGGGCGAGGUGGGCAUCUACAGGAUUUCAGGAACCACCAGUGAGAUCGCCAUGCUCAAGACUGCAUUCAACAGCAAUCUGCGUGAAGCAGUAACCAGGCUGAGAAGUGCUGAAGUGAACGCCGUCACUGGUGUUCUCAAACUAUACUUCAGAGAGCUGCCGCAGCCUCUAAUACCCACUGUGAUGUUUCAGAGCCUGGCCAGGAUGCUGGAAAUCCAGGACAUAAAUUCCCGGCUUGUCUCCAUGUUGUCCUUGCUGCACUCCUGUCCCGACCCCAACCGCCACACCUUCCUGUACCUCCUGCACCACCUCCAACGAGUCUCUGAAAAGCAAGACGUCAACAGGAUGUCUCUGCAGAACCUGGCUACAGUGUUCGGUCCGAGCCUCAUACGCCCCCCUGUGGUUGGACUGGGGCAGGACGGCCCCACUGUGGAUAUCUCCCAGGAGGUGGUGGUGCAGGUCCAAGUGGUUUUGUACUACCUGCAGUGCAACAACCUCCCUGAAGCCCAGACCUCUCUGCCACAUGACACAGACGCUGAAGAUGAGACCACCCACAUGUGAGACCACCACCAAUGUCACGCCUGGCAGGAAAUUCGAAUACUGUGUGUAAAGAAAAAUAUUUGCAUUAGAACUUUAAAACAAAAGUAUUUAUUUCUAAAAAUAUGAACUGCAAUUUCGUGUAUUUUGUCACUUUUUGCAAACCCAGUUGCAUUUUCAGUUUGAAUUAAAUUAAACGUGAAAUAUUAAAA